AGACAUUGUAGAAUAUGGUGGUCUGAAUAGGAGGUGGACUGUUUAAUCUGCCCAAUGGUUCAACACCAAUUCAAAAAAAUUAAAUACCUUCCGGCACUCUGGCUGUCCAGCCCACAAGCAACACGAACCACCCUAAGGGUGGAGCCAACUCUGUUUGGUAGAGAAGGGAGGAGAGAAAUCCAUUUUGGAAUCAACUUCUGGCUUGGGAAGAAUCAAGAGCCACAGGUAGAGGACUUUCUAACAGCUUUUAUAUUACCCUCUCUGUAUUAGCAAGCCAGUAUAGCUGCCAGCUUUAUCAUAGUAAACAAUAAUAGUGAAAAGCCUCUCCUCCUGAUCUACCAGAAGAAACAAAAAGAGAAGUUGUGGGAGGGCCAUACUGGCUCUUGUCACUUAAUCUUUGUAGGAAGUUUCCACCCUCUAAAUAUUGUUGACUCUAAGUACAGUAUCAAUUGCAUUGUAGUGGUGGAUGUUACCAGGCAAAACCACCCACCAUAGUUUCAUAUACCCAUGGGAAUUAGUUCAUGUUGCUGGGCCCCUGUAGGCAGCAUUUUUGCAUGGUGCUCAUGGGAGCUUGGCUUUCUGUGGUGCUGACUCAGGCAACGGAGGUUGUUUGAGGGCUUAGCAAUCCAGAAAUAAACUGUGGAAACUGCUUCUUCAGUUCAUAUGACACAACAAGCCACUUAAAAAUGACACCCAUGGACACUGAGAAUGGUAGACCCUGCAGGUAAAUCAACACAUGGUGGGCUGUUGUGUUUCCUGAACCAGGUUCCUGAGUCAGACCAUUGGUUCAUCUAACCCAGUAUUGUUGACAAUCAUUAUUAUAUUACAUUUAUACCUCUCCAUUAUUCAUAUUACAAGAAACCCAAAGUAGCUUGCAAAGUUCUCCACUGUUUUAUUCUCUCUGUUUUGUCCUCAUGACAACAAAACUGUGGAGUAGGUUAGGCUGAGAAUCCAUGACUUGCUGAAAGUCAUCCAGUGGGUUUUCAUGGCUGAGUGGAGACUAGAACCCAGAUCUUCUGUGUCCCAAUCCAACACUCUUGACUACUGGACCACACUAGCUGUCACUGAUAUUAACAAUGACUAGCAGCAGCUCUAUGAGAAUUCAGGAAGGAGUUUUGACAUGGGCAUUCACAAAAUCAUAUCAACCUUGUGCAUUAAGCUUCACCAGGAUUUUUUUUUGGUAACAUUUUCAUACCUUGUAAAUUCUUCUUUCUGUCAUUUAUUCUCCACCAUCUAAUGACCAUGCUAAUAUUCCUUUUAAGACUGGUUUAGACAUGUUUACAUCACUUGAACAGACUCUACUGAAAAGCAUUCAUCGGAAGUUGGUAUGAUAGAGGGAAGUCUGUCUUUCACAUUACAUCUGCCAUGGCCCAUUUCUUAUGUGCACAUCAUUGUCUGAAGUAACAUCAAGUGAUGAAUAUGCAUGUGCGAACUAGCCUCUUGGUCUAAAGAUGGGUUUCAGGUUCAGAAAAAACAGUAGCUUCCAUCUACUGGUUUAUUGGGAAAUUAUUGUGAGUGGCAAUAAUGCAAAAUUAUAUUUGCAUCAAACUUGUACAAUUGCUUUUUCUUGUUCCGUAGAGAUGCAUGUCUGAUAUAAUAUGUCUAGUACAUCUGUACAAAAAAUGUAAUGUUUGUGUUCCAUGUCACACAAAACAUAUAGAACAAAUUAUUCAACAUUCUACAUUGAAACGGGUUGUGCUAGCAGCUUAUUUAGUUUAUUUAAGCAAUGUAAACAACUCAUAGCAAGUUGAUUGUUCUAAGCUUUGGAGUUCUUUUGAGUAGCUUGAAAUAGGAGGAGAGUUGUAUUCCUUGUCUGACAUAUUCUGUGAUUCAGGUGAAUUUAUAGUUGUUUCCAAGGUGAUAAACACUGCUUCUGUUGGAUGUGAUUGCUUAUCUGUGAUGCAAGAAAGGAAGUGACAAGUAUUAAAAGUAUGUAUAAAGCCUUACACUUUAAUGGUCACAUGUGGCAGAAUGUGUGCCUUACAUAAAUGAGUCUCCUGAUUAUAAUUGUGGUAUCUCCAGUUAUGUAAUCUCAGGUAACAGAAUUUGUAAAGACUAUGCCUGUGACACCAUGAAGAGUUCUCUUCAGGAACCACAGAAUGUUUGCCAGCACUGAGCUGGAGGGAUAUUUACAACAAACGGUCUACAAGGCAACUGCAUCUGGCUACAUACCAUAACUUUAUUGUGGUUUAGUAUAAGUUAAGAUUGGGAUACUUACAAUAGGUUUUUGUGUCUCAUCAUUGUCUUUGUCUUUGAUACAAUGGAAACUUAUCCUAGCACUUCUGAAAGUGAUCCAUGUGCAGUUCAGAACCCUCCCACCCCCCACAGAGUGACCUGCAAUGUUAACCCACUCCAAUACUUCACAUGGAACCAGGGCAAAGACUUCUAAACAGGAAUUAGGGAACUAGUGAGAAAAAGCUUCAGUUCCUCAUCCAAACUUGCUCCACUCUAAUUGCUUUGGAAAUAAAUAUGUCAGUUACUGGUAGUGCCUUUCUUUGAGUACAUCUCUAUUGGGUCUAGCUGUGUGUGUAAAGCAGGAUGUAUUUUUGUUUAGAGAUUUAAUCUGAGCUUGCACGCAGUACCUAUAUUUCUUUCUGUUUCAGACCACAAAUACUGGGAAUAAGGAGGAUUGUUAUGGUGUGGGGUAAGGGUGGUAGACUCGGGAGCUCACCAAUUGGUCUCCCUCAAUCAGACCUAUUACACCGAGAUAUGAUGAUAAAAUGAGGUGAGCUGAUAUCAAUGUAUGACCCCUUGAGCUCAGCACAGAAAGGAAAGGAUGCAAACAUUAAGAAAACAUAUAAAAUGCUAUAAUGUUAAAAACUGGUUAAAAGGCCAAGAUACUGAGUUUGUGUGGGUGUGACUUUAUGUACUUGUGUCCAUAUUUAGUACUCCUUCUGCUCAUACACAGAAGAAUGUUAAUAAUUUGAAAAGUGUUGUGUUUGAUGUGCAGGCUUCACAACAGAUGCUCAACAAUCAGGCCCCUACAAUUUGAUAUGUUAUGCCCAGCUCAACAAAGGAAAACAAACCCUGUCUGUGAUUAAACCUUUUAGGAAUGUGGAAAGGUGCAGUAACUUUGUCAGAGGAAUAACUAUGAUAAUACUAAUUGAAAGAGAAAUUACACGGCACAAAUGCCUUGCGCUGUGCCUUUCAUACACUGCUGUCAGUUUUUCCACUUUGAUAAGAAAUGCUGAGCAUGUGGUGCCUCUAGCACUCAUUCCCAGUGGCUGGAUGCCUGGUGGACUGGGUGCAGCUUGACUUUGAGGAGCUGCAGCCAGGAGCUGAAGUGUAGAGGAAGAGAAGAUACAGAGGAAGCAGGUCCAAGAAAAUAAGCCAUAGAAGGCAACAGUAACAAUUCUUUUAAAAGAUGCAAAAGUAUCUUGAAGAGUAACAAACUAUGCAGGACAAGAACUUUCAGUGGCAAGAGACUACUUCACAGGAUGUAUGGAGGGUACACAUGUGAUAUUAUAGGCAUGUGCAAGCCAAAUGGGAUUUAAAAAUAAUGAACAUAACUGGAAAUCAGGGGAUAUCCAAUGUGAUUCAAUCAAUUUAACAAGGUUCAAUAAGGCUCUGGAUUUGAUAAGCAAUGCUUUGCAGACUCAGUGAAGCUGACCCAAACCAGAUGAAUGUGAAAAGACAUUGGAUUUGGAGUCUCUCUGCAAAGGUUAACAAAUUCUUACAUGUGAUAUUUGUUCUAACUGUGUAUCUUUUAAUUUUAAGCAAGAGUGGGAUUGGUGAUGAAUUACAAUCGAGGGAUUGGAACAAAGAAUCACAGCUUCAGCCUAUCAUUUCUCUGGAGCAAAUCACACCCUAUAGUGAAUUUUCUACUAGAGAACACUGGAUAGAAGAACUUUUGUGCUAGCAGUUAAUCAAGAGUUUAGUUACAUAUUACACAGAAGUGCUUGCAACAGAAUCUUGUGUUUUUCAGGGAGAUGAAUGUUCUUUGUUUUUAAGAAAAAGCAUAUUUGAAAGGGAAUGCAUAACCUUUUGGCUUUGCAAAGUGUGUUGGGAACCUUAUCGGGCAGGGCUCCAGUCAGCCCCACCCAGCAUGUCCAAUGGUCAGGGAUAAUGGGGAUUUGCAGCGAAUGUCACCUGGACUGUCACAGGUUGUGUAGCUCAGUUGUCAGGAGCAAAGCAACUUGAGUGGGUGGUCUGGAGUAAAGAAGUGAUGGAUGAGGAAAGGGUCAAGCAGCCCCAUCCUCCCCUGCUUCUCCAUUGACAGUUGGAGACUUGACAUGGCAAACAGGAACACUGAGUAGCUGAAAGUAGCUGAAACUGGGUGUUAAAUGAAAGUAUGUCCAAAAUUUACCCUUAUGAUUGAAUUUUUGAGGUUUUUUUUCUUUUGCAGUGUCAAACAGGCAUGGUAAAUGAAGAUGUUAUUUCUCCAUAUGUUUAUAUAUGCAUAUAUUUAAAGCAUUUAUCUACUGUUCUUCAAAAUAUUUACACCAGGGUAGUUUUUGGUGUGAAUUAAAGCAAAACAGUAAGAUAGAACAACAAUCAAAAAAUCAUAAUACAGUUAACAUAAUCACAUGAUUGAAAAAGCAAUUAAAGCAGCAGUGUUGCAGUAUUUCUAGCUUCCUGGAUUACUGUUGGAGUUAGAGUCACACCUCUUAGCUCCCUUCCCUUUGUUGAUAGCACUAACUUGCUUUCUCGUGUUGAAUGUAUUUUUUUGCCUACAAAUUAUUUUGCAAUUAAAAAGUUCAGUCUUAGUAUCCCUCUUGGAUGAUUGGGCAUGAAUUCUGUUUUGGAAAACUUAAGAAUCGCUUUUCAGUUCCUUGUUCCAAACUUAUUUUUGGUUACAUUGACAGGUCAUCAGUAGGGAUGCCUUUUGACCAGCACAUCUAAUUACUUUGGCUUUAAUAUGCUCCUUAUCCUUAAUGAGCAGAAUAAAACGUCCCUAUUCUUAUCUCAGUUUGUCAAGACAGCCCUUCAAAGACUUGGCUUUUAAUGUUUUAUGGUUUCUCCCUUGAUUGCUCCAAGGUUCUGACUAAAUCACUAAUCAGUUAAAUAGUUCACAUAAUGGACCCCCCAAAAUGUAGGUUGUUAAUUAUUUUUUCAGCACAAUGGCAAUUUAAUGUACCUCAACAGAGCAUCUUGGUAAUACCUGAAACAGCUUUGGACCUACUUUAACUCUGACAAUUAUUUUUGCUUACCCAGCACCAGGCUUUUGAGGAUAUUGAUGCACUUUGAAGUCACUAAUGGAUAAAGCUUUAUGCACAUCCUGGGGAGGUACUUAAAUAGUAUUAGUAUCACUUGCAGGUAAGGAAACUGGUGCAUGGAGAGGACAAGUGACUUUUCCAGCAUCUUGCAGUGUAUUAGUAGUACAACUGGGAAAUCAAAUCUUUUUAGGGUUGGUAAGGGAAUGAAACAAAAUCUGAGGUGUAUGUCUGGUUCUCACAAAACAGCAGAUCAGGUGCCAUACCUAUGUUUCAACUCUGCCAUUUCCAGCUGGAAAUUGAAGUUCACUGGAUGAAGUUGGGCAGGGCUGUCACGUACAAAAAUGAUCCUGACCUAUGGGGUUGAUUCACACAUAACAUAUUCCAAUCCACAGUUUGCAGUUCUGUUUUUGAGGUCAAGCGCAAACCAUGGUGUGCUGAUUUGAACAAAAAAGCUAUAUUUCACUAAGUAGAAAGUGCAUAAGGAAUGGAGAGAUUGUGUCAUGCUCCUGGAUGACUGGAAAUACUACUGGGAAUGGAUCUACCCACUGAAAUCCAGCAUGUCAAAAAGAAAGUUAUGUUAGAACCCUUCUUUCUCAUUUUCUGUGUAGAAAAAAAAUCUUUGUGUUUAUAUGCAUAUUUGAGGAGCUUUACAUAAUGUGUGUAUUGGCUUGCCAUCUGUAGAAAUCAUGCAGUUGAGCUUUACCACCUGACCUCCUGUUUCACAGAACUCAAUAUAUGUUUGGUUUGUUCUGGGUAUCUGGGCAUCUUAUACUUCGACCUGCUAUAUUGCUUUCCCUUCUUCAGUACAGGGGUGUGCUGUACCUUUGUGCAGUAGCACUCUCAAUAGCUUCCUUGAAGAACUGCAUGGGUAGUCAUCUACAACAUGAGCAAGAACAAAGUAUAAUGUAAAGAUGUAUAUAUUCUCUGUAAAUUAAAAAAAACAAAACAACAAAACUCUUGAAUACAGAACUUGGCUGAACCCAAAAUACAGAUCAGGAUUGGACCAAAAAAUACUGAGGCCUUGGCUUUCCUGAGGAAACCCUAUGGUUUACAGGCAUAUUUUUUGUUUCUACAUGGCAGUGAAUAAACCCAGGAGUCCUGUUAAAUACAAAGCAGGGGGUCAGCCACUGGCCUUCUAGCUUUCCUUUCAAAUGGACAAGCUCCUACUGGAUUCUAGCACAAGGGUGGUGGGAUCUGCUGGGUCAUUUGCACACUGUGGUAAUGACUCCCUGUAAGAUGUUGGUUCAAAUAUUCCCAUAGUGUACAUGAAUUGCUCCACUGCUUACAAAAUGUAUUGGUUGUUUCAGUUAAGGUAAGGGGGGCUGUUCCAGGAAACAGUUUUCAAUUACCUUUCUUUUUGUGUGAAUUUGUCUUAUUUCAUGGAGGAGAGUUUCAGCACUUAAAAUGUACUGUUACUCUAUCUUAAGGGAAGAGGAAAAGUAUCUAAAGGUAAACUGCCAUCAGCAUUUUAAUUCUUUCUGAAUGUGAUAUUGGCUUUGUGGGUAAUGUGGUGUAGUUUUAAUGGAUUAGCUCCUAAGAGCUACAGACAAUGUGUGGUGUGUUAGCAUACGCAGACAAAGGAAUCAAUAUUUAUUCAGUUGCAUUGAAAUCCAGAGACAAGAGACAGCUAAGGAUGUAGGCCAUAGUGCACAAACUAUUUCCUCCGCAGUUCUAGGUUACUAACUGUAAAUGUUAUGACCAGUUUUUGAACUCUUGCUGAAUGUGGUGGAUAUGUCUGUAGUCUCAAAAGACUCAUGUCAGAAAGAAAUUUCACAAAGAAAAUUAAUUACACCUUGCUUUCAGCAGAUGAGUAUAUAAGCUGCUACUAAAAAUAAUCAAGGAUAAAUUGUGAAUAGCCUGGAGUAGGUGUUCAGUGAGGGAGAAAGGCCAAGAAAAAAAGGUCCUUUUUCUACCCCAGCCUCAUUUUUAUGGGAACCACAAAAUUUGUGUGUGUGUGUUUGUGUGUGUUGUUUUUGGUUUUUGUUUUUUACUUCACAGUUUGGGCCAGUCUUAACAAGAACAAACUAUAGCUGACAGAGAUAUUUGGGUGUUGUAAAAUCUUAUUUAUUUUAUUUAAAACAUUUACCCAAUUCUUAACUAGAAAGACUCCUUUCAAAAAACAGCUUUGUUCUCUGGGAAGAGCAGGGGAUGAGGUGCAUAAAGAUAUUCUAAUACUGUAGAAAAGCAAGGGAAAUGGGGUCAGGAGAAGCUGAGGAAUCAGAGUUGCUGUAUUUGGCAGAAAUGGUCAUUUACCUGGUGAAUUAGAAACAGUAGCCAUUGAAUAGAGCCAUGGUUAGCUGUGGAGAAAAUGAGAAGCUAAGUGUGCUAGGCACACUAGGAAGGCUUCUACUGUUAUGUAUCCCAUUGCCACUGGAGUUCCAUUUUUGAUAGUGUGAAGGGAAGGGCUGUGUCAGUUGUGACAACCAGGUUGUGCAAUUCUCUAGUCUGGUCUCUUUAUUUGAUGUUUUAGUGUGCUGCAAAAGCUUAUUUCUUCUGUGGUACCUUGCUUUAGUUGACAGUCCUUUCUGAUUUUCAUAUUUGGUUAGCUUGGGGGUUUUGUUUAAAUGAUACUGUUCUAUGAAUUAUGUUAUUAUUUAUACAAUGCUGACUAAGGUCAGGAUCCAACUUGUCAUUCUGCUAGUGCAAAGGACCUCAUGCAAGCAGCAACUAGGUUCUGAAAUAUGAGCAAGAUAAGAAUUUAAAGUUGUGCUCAUUCCAAUCCUGUUGCAAGUAUCACAUAUGUAUGAAGCAGCCAUUAGUGGAUUAUAAGGAAUCAACAUGCAUAUGUAUGCAGGUGUGAAAAAAAUGGCUUGCAUAUGUAAUGUUCACUUGUGCGGCCUCCAUGAGCAUACAGAAAGCCUGGGCUGUCUGUCCGUCCGUCAAAGACCUAUAUAAUAGUUGCUUAGAAAUGUUAUGAAGGUGGUAAGAGAUUAUCACUUUAAAUACAUGAAGAUUGGGCCUCGGUCAAAUAAAUUCAAUUUUGAUUGGCUGGGAAUUCUAGCUAUGUGGAAAAGAGCAGUAGGAGAUGGCAUUUAAGGAACUGAUGAAUUCUCCACAGGAGAAUUUCUCUGUGGAGUAUGACAGAGAAAGUUUGCUAGUUGAUGGGUUGGUGUUAAAACAAAACCAGGAGAAAGCUGAAUAGAAAGUGAAUAGCUAAAAGGUGAGUAUUAGGCUAUUAUUUGUCUGUGAGAUAACAAUACAUGACUGGUAAAGUUCAGGCACAGGUGGCUUGGUAAUUCCUGGAAGGUGCCUCAAGAUCUUGCAAGAAGAAUGUUACAGAACUAGGCAGUAGAAACACAAGUUCUGUCCAGGCAGCCAGAAAUAAAACAGGAGGCGUUUUGGGAGGCAGUGGGAGAUGGUAGCCAAGAUGUGGACUUGGUUGUGAGUGUAUUUGGUUGGGGUAGAGCUUUAGAGAAUUUGUCCUGGAGUAAAAUAAGUCAUUAAGAGGCUUGUAAUAGCAGAGUUGUCCCCUGAGUCCUUAAGAAUUGUCGCUAAGCAUACUUUUGAAACCACCAAAGUAAGUGAUAGUAAUCCCUUAUGUACAAAAUAUCCCAUUAAUGAAUUUCUUGCUUAAUAGUUAUCUUGUCUUAAGUGUUGAUGCCCAUCUCAUGCCUAGGCCUCUUAUACCAGCUACUAUGUAUGUAUGUAUGUAUGUAUGUAUGUAUGUAUGUAUUAGAUUUCUAACCCACCCCAUUAACAACAUGGCUCCCUGCAGUUACUAACAGAAUUGGUGAAAGCAGAAAAGCAAUAACUUGGAAAACCUUGGGAAAGCACCUUGGAAAACCCUGACUAAAUGUGGCAGAGAGUUCCUGAAAUUAAAGCCUUUGCUGGAAAUAAGAAAUUCUAUAGCUGUAACAGCCAGUGAAGGAGCUAUUUCUCCAUAGCAGGUGAUGAUGCUGGAGAGAGGAAUCCCCCAUAGUAUGACUUCGCAACCCUUCUGGAAGCAUGACAUUUUGAAAUUGGUAUAAGGCUCUGCAGAAGCUAAUGUUGGGAAUUUCAAAUGGUGGAUUCAGCUUUGCAGACACAGCCAGAUGAGGAGCUGGAUUCCAAAAGUACUUACUGAUGACAUGAUCCCUGUUCAUGGGUUUGCAUCCCUGUAAUACUUGGACAUAAAACAGAAAACAUUUCUGAGUUACACAGCACCAAACAGCCACUGAGUCAUUCGCUGCAAGACAGACAAGCAUUUUCAUACAACUUUGUUGAAGUUCCAUGUUGACCAAGUCUGCAUAAGAGCCAGAAAGCAGAUUUGCAGAUCUUGAGUUCUGGGUGCUUGCUCUAAACAAAAAUUCAGAAGACUUCUUUGAAUUACGGGAACAGCUUUAUCUUCAUUCUCUGUCCCAAUGAAUGUCUUCACUAGGUCCAAAGCUUGGAGUGAAUUACCUGAAGAGUGAUACCAUUCAGAAGCCACUGAAGAAACCCAAGACAGCUAAAAAACAGGAGUCUGAAGAGAAUGAAAUUACGCAGACGGGUGCAUGCAGCGCCAAGUUGGGCCUUCCCUGCCUGAACUUUGAAACUGUCCCAUCUCUGAGUCCAGAUUUCAUCUAUUCAUCCCAUACACCAAUAAACCUGCACACGCAUACAGGGCCACGUGAUUGUAACAUUAGUUGCAAGGGGAUGACAGAGCGCAUUCACAGCAUCAAUCUCCACAACUUCAGCAAUUCCGUGCUCGAGACCCUCAACGAGCAACGCAACCGUGGCCACUUCUGUGAUGUGACGGUCCGCAUCCACGGGAGCAUGCUGCGCGCCCACCGUUGUGUGUUGGCGGCUGGCAGCCCCUUCUUCCAGGACAAGCUCUUACUGGGCUACAGUGACAUUGAAAUUCCUUCCGUGGUGUCAGUCCAGUCAGUACAAAAGCUCAUUGACUUCAUGUAUAGCGGGGUGCUGCGGGUCUCACAGUCAGAGGCCUUGCAGAUUCUCACAGCAGCCAGCAUCCUGCAGAUCAAGACUGUGAUUGAUGAGUGCACACGGAUUGUCUCACAGAAUGUGGGUGACGUCUAUCCAGUAACCCAGGAUUCUGCUCAGGAGACACCGCGAGGAACGCCUGAAUCAGCCACUUCAGGGCAGAGCAGUGACACAGAGUCUGGCUAUCUUCAAAGCCACUCACAACAUAGCGUAGACAGGAUCUACUCAGCACUGUAUGCCUGUUCCAUGCAGAAUGGUAGUGGAGAACGCUCAUUCUACAGUGGAGCAGUGGUCAGCCACCAUGAAACAGCACUGGGACUUUCCAGAGACCAUCAUAUGGAAGACCCAAGCUGGAUUACAAGAAUCCAUGAACGCUCUCAGCAGAUGGAGCGGUAUCUGUCCACCACUCCGGAAACCACACACUGCCGGAAGCAACCACGUCCAGUUCGGAUUCAAACCCUAGUGGGAAAUAUUCACAUCAAGCAAGAAAUGGAGGAUGACUAUGACUACUAUGGACAGCAGAGGGUACAGAUCCUAGAGCGCAAUGAGUCUGAGGAAUGCACUGAGGAUACUGAUCAAGCAGAAGGCACUGAGAGUGAGCCCAAGGGGGAGAGCUUUGAUUCUGGAGUCAGUUCCUCUAUUGGCACUGAACCUGAUUCUGUAGAGCAGCAAUUUAUGACUGGCCUAAGCCGAGAAGGUCAACAAGAGCCUCCCCAAGCAGAACAAAAUGAUACUUCUGCUGAAGGCACUCAGCAGCAGCAGCACACAGAUGCCAACUCUUCCUCACCAGAGAGAGGCAAUGACACUGAAAGGGACAGCACACUGCUCACUGUUAGUAACAGUACUGAAAAGGGUACUUUGCAGCCCUCUGUCACUACAACUGUUGCCCAAGCAUUGCCAAGCACCCAACUCUACUUACGCCAGACGGAAACCCUCACCAGCAAUCUGAGGAUGCCACUGACACUGACCAGCAACACACAGGUCAUUGGCACAGCUGGCAAUACUUACCUGCCUGCACUGUUUACCACACAGUCUGCUGGCAGUGGUCCUAAGCCUUUCCUCUUCAGCCUGCCCCAGCCCUUAGGCCAACAGACACAGUUUGUGACAGUGUCCCAGCCUGGCCUUUCAACUUUUACUGCCCAGCUGCCAGCCCCUCAGCCCCUGGCUCCUUCUACAGGCCACAGCACAGCAGGUGGGCAGGGUGAAAAAAAGCCUUAUGAGUGUACCCUCUGCAACAAGACUUUCACCGCCAAACAGAAUUACGUCAAGCACAUGUUUGUACAUACAGGUGAGAAGCCCCAUCAAUGCAGCAUUUGUUGGCGAUCAUUCUCCCUAAAGGAUUACUUGAUCAAACACAUGGUGACUCACACUGGUGUCAGAGCCUACCAAUGCAGCAUCUGUAACAAGCGUUUUACCCAGAAGAGCUCCCUAAAUGUGCACAUGCGGCUCCACCGUGGAGAGAAAUCCUAUGAAUGCUACAUCUGCAAGAAAAAAUUCUCUCAUAAGACCCUGCUUGAAAGACAUGUGGCUCUGCAUAGUGCCACAAAUGGAACAACUAGCACAACAGGCACUGGUGCAAGGGCUCUUCCUGCUGGAGUGAUGGCCUGCACAGAGGGAACCACAUAUGUCUGCUCCGUCUGUCCAGCUAAGUUUGACCAAAUUGAGCAUUUCAAUGACCACAUGAGGAUGCAUGUUUCAGAUGGAUAAGUAAAAUCUGUUCUGUUAUGAACAACAACAAAGCCCAACUAGAGAAACAACAAAAAGCUAUGGCACUAGAAUUUAAUGUUUUGGGGUUUGUUUGUUUCUUUCAUUUUUACAUUUUUGUUUGUUUAUUUUCAUUUCAUUUUUGUACUACAUGAAGAACUGUUUUUUGCCUGCUGGUACAUUACAUUUCUGGAAGGUGGGUCAAUAGUUAUUAUCCCAACCUUCCUUUGAUGGUGGCCUUAAGGCCAGAUAGUGCUUCAGGAGAUCUACUGGUUGGAUCUCUAGCUACUGGCCUCUAAAUACAACCCUUCUUUACUACAAAAAAAAAACUUUAAAAAAAUCUUUUUUGUCACUUGUGAAGAGCACUACAAAACAACAACAACAACAACAAAAAGAGAAAUAUGUUGUGAAAUCUACAAGGCCUACUGUCGUAAGUACACCGCUUGCAGUGUUUCAGUGGACAGAUUUGCAAUUCUGACCGCUUUGGACUUCACAGUAUCCAGUUAAAACUGUGGCAUAGAAACAUAUGGUUGAGCAGCAACCAAGAUAAUGGGCCCUACUGGUUUCCACCAUUAGUCUUGCUAUCAUAAAAAGGGCUGUGGAGAAGGGCAAAGAUGUUUGGGUUGGAUGGUGUGGAGUCCCUGCAGGAUGGGGAAAGAGAAAAAUAGGUUCCUCUUGUGGAUUCUGUUCCAUUCCACACAUUCUGAUUCAUAAUCUCCAACUUCUUUCUCCCCCACUAACACCAACACCAUUUUUCAUCAAAAGCUAGAAACAAUGAAGUAAGAAUGAGGUGAGCAAAGUUGGCUUUUUUGUAAUUUAUUCAGUGUCUUUGCUGAGCCUAGGGCCUCAGCACAAUCAGUGGGACUUUUGCAAAUAUCAAAGAGAAAAUAGCAAAAGGAAAAGAUUUCAAGAGGUUUUUUUCACCUAGUGUUCUAGGUACAAGAAAAGGAUUCACUCCCACAAUAUUUGGGAGUAAAAAUCAAAAGGCUGCAUCAAGAUUUAUUCUUGUGGUGGGGAAAGUAAAGUACAAGGUGGGUGGGGAAUAACUAAAAAGAGUUCUCAAGAUUUUUUUUAAUUCAAAAUUUUAUAGAGGGACAGAAGUUGUGUUUACCAGAUAGAGUGCUGAUUUUUUAAAAAAAAAAUAUAUUUACCACAGUAUUUGUGUAAAAAAACAAAAAAUGAAAGUGUAACCUUGUUAAAUAAUUUUUGUUUUUUCUUUUGUUUUGCAUACACUGCCACUAAUAUCUGCUCAGUUGCAUAACUGAAUAUAUAUGUGUGUGUAUAUAAUAUAUAUAUAUGAAUAUGUAUAUAUAUAUAUAUAUAUAUAUAUAUAUAUAUAUUUAUAUGCACAUAUAUAUUUUAUUGUAGAUAAAGACUGUUAAGGUUAGGUAUCCUACUUCCAAAUAGCAAGAGGAAAAGGAGGUUGAGUGAUUAAAGAGAAAAUAUGUCUCAACUUAUUUCCUGUUGUUUUUCUCUGUGCUUUUAUUAGUUUGAGAAUAGCAUCCUGGAAGUACGAUGGCUAUAUGUGAUUUCUUCCAUCACACUCUGUCCACAGCUUUAGUGACACUUGAAAAGCUGUUCUGAAUUUGGAUUUAUAGAUUUCUUAGGAUUUCUAUUGAUUUUCAUCUAAGGUUUAGAUGAAAGUUAGUUUUCAGAAGCAAGAUUUUAACUUUAUUUGAACCUUAUCCAGCCAUUGAAAUAAUAGAAUGUGAUUUUGUUUGUAAAUUCUGGACAUCCCUAGAAAAGAAGGAAGUUCUGUACUUAAAUGGUCACUUGUGGAGAUUGUUCUUACACAGCCUUUUUAUUCUGUCUAGAAUCUUUCCUAUUUACAAGAAGUGGAUCUAGUCUCUUUAGUUUAUCUAAAUGCUAAAAUUAAUAUUUUUUGUUACAAGCAAUCUUUCUUCUUUUUCAUCUGCAAAAAUGCUGAAAGUAAGGGCCAUACUUUGCAUUCUUUAUUCAUCCAAAGCACAAUUUGGUAGACAGGAUAUAUAUUAAUAAUAUCUUUAAUUUAAUUUUAUUAUUGAUGAGCUCUUCCCCUUCCAAAAAGAUUUUUUGAGAAAUUCCUAUUCAAGAAAUUCUCAUUCUUUGGGUGCCUAUUUACACUGGAGCAGUGUCUUAACAUAUCUAGUAAACAUUUAUCCUGUUUAUCUUGGUACAGAAAUUCAGGCAGAAAUGAUCUAAGCAUAAUAUGCAAAAUGAAGGACAAUGAGAAAUACCUACACCAUUUUUAAAUGUAUCUUUUCUUUAACCAAAUUUUCUGAGACUGCAAUUCUUAAGUAUGCUUAUCUGGAGAAAAGUCCCAUAAAAACCACUGGGACCUUUUCAAUAUAAAGUCUUCAGGAACAGGGUGCAGAAUUUGUAGAGGUCUGUAGAUUUUAUGAGAUUCUUUUCCAUGCUUAACAUCUUUGUUAUUAUUUCUUUGAUACUUAUUGGCUACUCCUCAUGGUGAAAGCAUAUGGUGUUAGACAGCACAAUCCCAUCUAUGUUUAUUCAGAAGUAAAUCCUGUUGAAUUCAAUGGGACUUGUGCUCAGAUCAUUGUAUUUAGAUUUGUAACCAUAGGAUGCAAUCAUAUACAAGAAGCAAGCCCCAUUAAAGCAGUGGGACACUUCUGUGUAGACAUAUAUAGAAUUGCACUUAUUAUCUGUAAGUUAGCUGAGAUGGAAUGAGUGUAUUAGAUAGACCUUUAAUGUCUUAGUAACACGAUGUUGUGAGAUAUCUAAGUUAACAGUGGUUGCAAGCUCCACAAAAUUGUUUGCAAACUCCUAACAAGUUACACUGAGGUAGCACGUGUUUUGCUAAAUGCAGGCUUCAAUUUAUGGACCAGGGGCAGACCUGCAGGUAACAACUCCCUGUCAGGUCCACUCCAGAACGCCAUCCCGUAGGAGCCCACUGGCACACCUCAUUAAUUUCCAGGGUGAGAUAAGGAUCUCUCACAGUGCUGUGAUAUCAAAAUGCAACACCUAUUGGCCAAGCUCAACCAAAGGUUACAACAUACUGGUAACCAUCCCUGCUGUGCACUAUCACAAACUGAAAGCUCUUUUUGAUGGUAGAGAGCUAUAUUUUAACUAUUCAGAUGUCCUAGUCCAGAAAUAUCACAUCCCAGUCCAAAUGAAUAUAAUGCAAGAAAGCCCCAUGGAUUCCAUUGCAAGUUAAUUUCACAUAAUUGCCUUAACUGAGCAAAGGGAAUGCUUAUAUGGAACUGUCAUAUUGAGUAAAUGGUGAGCAUCAUCCCCACAGAGCUCUGAAUUUUAGACAAAAUGGUUAGUAGUGUGAUGCAAAAUAUUGAUUCCCACUAUAGUAGUUCACAAACCAAGGGCAAACAAUAGCUGCAGUGGAAUGAAAUGCACUGAGAAUGGGAGGAGGUAGGGCAAAAACUGCACAAAAGCAUAUGACAGUGUCUUCUGCAAAAACAUAAUCUUCACUGAAUACAAGGAUCAACCAGGAAUCAUGAGUUCUCAUUCAGUUUUAAGCAAUAUCUUAAUUAGUUUUAUAAGGUCACUUGAAACAUAAGGACAAGGUACUAGUCAAUAACUGAGAAAAAUAAUUGUAAUAUAAUAAAAUAGCCUUGUAAGAAAUUUGAAUCACAAGAGGGCCAUUCCAUCUUGAAAUCUUCAAGACAACUAUGAAUUGACUACAGAACUAUUUGAAACAAGGGAAAAACCAUUUAGAAUGUAUACUUAGUUUGAUCAUCCUUCAAAUCAUAUAGCAUCUCUGAAAUGGAAAUCUGUAUUAAAGUAUUUGCAAUAUACAAUUGUCUGAUUUUCAGUUGCAGUUAGUACUCUUCAGAAAAGAAAUUUUGGUUGAGAUAUUUACCAGGCAAAACUACAGCUAUGCUUGGUGAAGUAGUAAUGCAGCUUUCACCUUGCUCACACACCUGAAAUUGUGUCUGCUCCAUGUAGAGGCUCAUAUGCCUACUAAUUCUUACCAGCUUCCUAUUCUACAAAUGAAGUUAGGGCUAUUCAAGGAGACCUAUAAUGGAAAAUAUAGGGACUUGGACAACUGCCACUGCAUGAAAGUUCUUACCCCUGUAAAUAUAUGAACUGAGUCUAAAACUGACAUUUUCAGGUGAUAUACUAAACCAGGAAUGGCAGGUAUUUUGCUUAUACCUAUAGCUCUGAAUGUCUGUCACUCUCAAAAAGUACUACACAUUUCAAAAUGAAGUUCAAAUCAUUUUUACUUGAUUUUGCCUCUGCCUUUGGCAUUUCUGGCUUCUGGAUUUUUACUUAGUGUUUCUUUUCCCAAUCCAAAACAAUAUAAAGAGUCUUGAUUAAGAGUCUAACUGUGCAACUACAGUUUGUGAAGUAAAAUAACAGAUGAGCCAUGGUAGAUCAGGCCUUCUAGUCUGCCAUUCUUUUCACAUACUGUUUAACAAGCUGCCUGCAGGAAACCCACAAGAACGUGAGUACAAUAGCAGCCUCUUGCUUGUGUUCCCCAGCAACUGGUGUACAGGGACAAAGUAUCUCAGAUACUCAUGAUUAUAUAUAGCCCUUGUGAGUAACAGCUGUGAUAGCCCUAGUGUAAAUUCCCCCACUGCCUGAGGUGGGAGGGCACACAUGUUGCCCCACACAUGUUGCCCCAACCCCACAUCACUAUCCAUGAGAAUGGGCUAGAGGGCAGGCUUUCUAGAGAACCCUGUCAGCCAAGCAAGUGGCUGGCACAUAUCUUCAGAGAGCUAACUGAAAUGCUUGGCUCUGAAGUGCUUGGCUCUGAAGGAGUCCUUUCUCAGAACCAGCCAUGAGAGGGCUGUUCCAGAAGAUUGCCUAAACAGCUCUAGGAGAUCACCUGUGCACCCUCUGGCUUAUGCUGAGAAUUCCCAGUGCAAGCCAGAGGGAAUUCAUCAGGCAAUCAUGCAUCCUCUGUUCCUCACAGAGCAAAAUGGAGCAAAUGACAAAUCUGGGAAACUAUGCUGGAUGCUCUUCCUCUAUGCCAUUUGCCACAGUCUUCGAAGUACCUAUUGGAGGUGGUGGUUAGCGGUCCUGGCAGGGGUGGAAAAGCAGGACAAUUUGAUGCUCCUCAUGCUCUGUUGCCUGAGGCAGGAAUUCAUCUUACUUCAUCAUUGGACCAGCUGUGUUAAAAACUUCUCCUCCAUUAAUUUGGAAAAUCUUUUCCAGAUUCCUAGCCAUUGCUACAUCUUGUGAUAAUGAAUUCCAUGGGCUAACUAGGCACUGCAUGAAGUACUCCUUUUUAUCUGUCCUACUUUACAGGAUGACCCCGCCUUUUAGUAUGAGGAGAAACAGUGGAAAGUGUGUCCCUAUCCACUUUCAAAGCUCUUUUGUGCUCUUCUGCAGACACACAGCUGUACUCAUAUGCAGAACAUUUCCAGGUAUUGGGGAUGGAGCAUCCACUCUUUGCUGAAGCCAAUAGAUCAGACUAAUCCUAUUCCCAAACUUGCUCCUACAAAGUCAGUUUAACCCAGAAGGUUUGCUCUUCAAGAGGCUUAGCUCCCAUCAACCUAUUCUACUGUAAUUUUGCCAUGGUUAGUACCAAAUAUUUCAAGGAAAACUAGCAGAAAUUCAAAACAAUGAAUUAAUAAGAAAUCUUUAAAACUCAGAUCUUUUAACUUUCAAUUUUUAUAGCCACACUAUAUCUAUAUGGUCACAAUCCAGCACAGAAUUUGGUGUGCAUUAGCCAACUGGCUUCAAUAGAUUUAAGCACACCUCGUCCCAUUUUGGGUAAUAACUCAUUGAUUUUAAACCACUGUAUUAUAAUUGGAAAUGUACUGAUUUUUCAUAUAUUUUUCUAGUUUUUCUGAAUCCUAAUAAUUGUGUUAUUUUACAUACUUUAUUGCUUGUAGCCAAAGGCCACCAUAGUCCAAAAUUCCUAAUGCUUUCACAGUUCCAGUGAUUGCUUUGGCACUGAAUUCUACAGGAAAAUAGUAUUGUAUUUAUUUCUUAUGUUUUUAAAUAUAUUUGCACUAAACGUAAUAAAACUUCCAUUUGUUUAAUUAUUAAAGGGCUAAUUAAUAGCACCAAAAUACUCUUCCUAUUUAUAUUGUUUAAAAUAUUCUCAGUGAAAGAAAAGAAGACCAAGGUCAGGAGUGUUUGCUGAAAAAUGGAGAAAAGCGCUUGUUGCCAUGUAAGGUAAAUAUUGCUGUUAUUCUCUGGCCAAAUGGAUACUUAGGCAGUAGAAGACUGAUGUAGGGCAAUAUAAAGUUAACAUCUCACAGGAAUAUCCGAUGUUUAGUGACUUGGUAGGCAUUUUCAUAUAUUAAAUGCACUGGAUGCAAAAAUAACCUGCACUCAUCUUUUUUCUGAUCUGAAUCUUUUCCUCAUUUGCAAUAGUGCACAUUCCUGUUUCAGGGUGAAAAAGACAUUAUGCAUUACUUUCAGCCUCAUAUUGUAAUGCGGAAAACACCUCUGGGGCUAUUCUGAACUGGCGGCAGUACCAGGAAAAAAAAGGGACCCUAUAGCUUGUGAAGCUCUGUUCAUCUUUCAAUUCUCCACCCUUCCCACAGACCCAGAGAAUCUCUGGUUCACUGAGUGGAUUAAUGGGAGUUCAGCAAAGUCUCAGCAAGGAUGUCAUUCCAUUUAUUUCGAUCAACUAGACUAAAUACUUGCCUCUAGUGCUCACUAAAAUAAUAUGAAUGUUUUAAAAGUGGGUAUUUUAAUAUAAAAUAAAUAAGUACAAUUCAUGUUUCUUAUGAAUUACCUAUAUUGUGGGAGUGCUGUAAUGUGCAGCAGCUUUACAUUUGUAUGCCCUUAUAGUUUAAAUUAUUCAAAGAUAUUGAAUUAAAAUUAAUUCAAAGAUAGCUAUUUGCCUGUAGUUGCUGCCAAAACAUUUGCUUGUUCUUCUAAUUCGGUUCCAGGUCUCAUUAUGCACUUAGUGCCAUCAAAAACAUGGCAUGUCCUGGAGACCACCCCACCUCAGCACUUAUGCAAACCCAUAUACCCAAUUAUCCCUGGUAGAUUUUUUUUAAAGAAGGUCUGUUGUGACUCCAUUUCUACAGGCUCAAGGGCCACAGGCUAUUCAUCCCUAAAAUCAGUCUGCUGCUGCAACAGCCUUCAUUAUGCUCUAGAAAGCUGCAGUAAUACACUGUAGGGGUCAGGAUCCCUGAGAAAUUUCAUGUCCCAGUCAUCUUGGCUACCACGGUGCUGCUGCAGCAUUCAAAGUCUAAUGAAGUUUUUUUCCCCCAUUGCUACCAGCAGGCAAUGAUGUUGAUGGCACUGAAGCAGGACCAAACUGAGCCCAAAUAUUUGAAUAGGUUUGGCUCUGGUCAUUAUUAACUUAGAAAUUCUGAACUAUUCCAGACUUAGAGCAUCAUUAGUAUGCCAAUAUCACAUAUGGCCCAGCUGGCAUAUGAUGGUAACAUGAGGUUACAUGCAGUUGGAUUAGUGCUCAAGGACAAGGAAUUCAAGUGCUAUUUUCCACAUUUAGACUUCCCCAAUUUCUACUUUUUGGCAGAUAUUAUCUGUAGAUGAUUACCCCAAAAUAGAACUUUAACUCGAUGUUGUAUUCAUGUACUUUUUAAACUGAUGAUUUAGUGAAUACUAUUAAUAUGACUUGUAAAAGAAGACACUGUUAUGUACUUCUGAUGUAAAACUUUUCACAAUACAUUUUUACACAAUACUUUUGGAAUGAAUAUUAAACAUUUGUGUAUGCACUUAAAAAUUCCUGAACAGUAUUGCUUAACCAGGGAUUGGCCCCAUUCUCUAAUAUGUGAAAAUUAAAAGGUGAAAUGGACUAUUUUCACUUCCAUAUCAGUUCUCUACUUCAGCAGCAGAAGUGGAAAGUGACAGUAUUGAAAGGUGGAUAAUAUUAACAUUUCUGAACAAUAAAGAACAUGUAGACAUAAGUAAAAUUUCAACACAUAUUCAGAUCUAGUUUCAUGCCUGUUUCAGUUCCACUGAAAUAAGUCACGUAAGUAGAGAUUUGUCAUAAAAGGUAAAAGUAAGGGCUGCUUUUGCAUCAACAGUUUUGAUACUGCAGUGGAAUUAUAAAAAAACAGUAGUAAAGAGCAACCACCUUCCUCAUAUCAAUGCACUCCUCUUUUUGAGUGAUUAACAGUAAAGUUCACUGUUUUUGUUCUUUUCCACACAAUAUAUACUGAGUUCACUGUUAAAUAGGCAUCCUGAAAGCUCCUGACUUCCUUUCAAGGAAACAGUUAUGCUUUUGGAGGCUACAACCUAUCCAGAUUUAGAAAGAAGAAGGUCCUACAACUCCAGGCAUGUUCCAGCCAUUCUGGAAGUUGUAGGACAUUUUUCCCAGUCUAAACCUGCAUAGGAUUACACCCUUAGUCAUCUUUUUGCCAUUUCCACAUCCCACUAGGGCUCUUCUUUAUACUAGGACAGAUUGCCUAAAUAGCUUACUAUUACCUAUACUGCCUGGCGGGGUCCUGCAGGUAUCUUCUAUCUCCCGCUUACUUGAGAGAUGCAAGAAAUAAAAUUUUAAAUCUGGAUGCAAAGCAAGUACUCUGAACUAUGGCCAUCCUGUAUUUGCUGCUCCUUGGAAAUGACACCUCGCAUAAAAUGCCCAAAUCAUGUGAUAGGAGGAAAAAAUAUAAAAUUUGCAGAAUUGCAUCUUUAGAGAAAAGAGGAGGAACACUGCAUAACACAUUUUUGGUGAUAGGAGUAUUUAUUCCAAAUUAUCCACUAAUUGGAGUCUUAAGCUUCAUUUCAUAAUGGUGUUCAAAAAUAUUAGUACUGUAGUAAAAAACCCAAUAAGUUGGUAAGGUUAAAUGGAUUAUUCUUUUGGAAGCAAUUAUAUUGCAGCCUUAUGUAGGAUUGCUGCCUUAAAACAAUAAAGAGGGAGGGGUAUGCUAUUUUUUAUACCAAUGCAAAUAUAUAUGAUUUUCAAAUAUUCAUUCAUUUGUAUGAAGUGCUGCAUAUUUUGUUUUGAUUUAAAACUGUAUAAUAGUACAGAAAAGGUUAAGUGAGUUAUGAAAAGUCUACUAGCUGGGAGGUAUUAGUACUACUAUUAAAGUAAUUAGUAUGUUUUUGCACUGCUCUGUUACUGUUGGUUGACACUCAACUAACUUCAACAUUAAGUCAUUUAGACUUCUUUCAGUCAUCUUGAUAUAAUCUUGAUACUAAUUUUGCAACCUAGGUCCCUAAUUUAACCAUGUGUCAUAUUAUUUAUCAAUGGUUUUUUCCUAAUGUAGGCUUAGUGACGUGGGCAAAGGACUAAGGACCCCAUCAGAUGUGCUAGAGGCACAUCUGUUUGUUUCAUCAUGGAUUUGUUCCCAUCACAGAGAAGCUAAUGUUGGGGUCCAAUUUAAAGGGUUAUAUAAAUGAGGACUGUAGGACUCUCCCUUUGCCUGCAAUUUAUUUUCUUGCAGGAUAGAUCCAUUUUAAUAACAUGGUACUAUAACAUCUUUUUUGACCCUAUUUUUUUUAUUUGCCAGCAAGUUUGAAGAAGAGAAAGUCCAAUUAUCUAUUUUUCUUUCUUCUGAUCUGGAACAUGAUUGUUCAUGUUUGCACGUUUCUUUUUACAACAGAAGUGGUCUAACAAAGCUAGAAUGCUUGUUUUUCUCCAAGGACCAAACUUGUCUUUAAUUCACAUUAUUGGAAUUAUACUAUACUGGAAGCAGGAAAAGAAUGGCAGAAUUUGGUUUGCUAUUAUGUCUACUUAUUGCUAUGGUAUAAUGUACAGUUGUAUCAAGGUUUUAGUAUGAAGUUGUACCAUGACCAGUAAUUAGACAUUACCACAUGCUUAAAUGAAAUGGCAAGAAUUGGUCUUGGAAGUAGUCUCCCUUGCUGUUGGUCCUUGUGCAACUAAAUCAAGCAGCUUUCUAAUGCUACUGUUGAAUAUAGGAGAAGAGCAAGGAUAAUAUUCUGCCUCUUACAUGUUUAACACAUUUUUCCAUCUAAUCCAGUAUUGCAGAAGUACUUUCACAUAUUGCUCAAAACUUAUGAGAUAUUAACAAAACAAGCGUAGCCCUUUGGAUACUAGACAGUUAUCUACUGCUCUUCAGUAAUUGCCAAGUAUCUUUCAGGUAAUUACUUUCAACUGAAGCAUAUGCAUCUAAAGUUGUUUUAUGUAUGUGGCAUUCUUAUCAUUAAUGCCCUGCCAUUCAGCUCUUCCUCUAUGUCUGAUCCUUCCACUUUGCUGAGGGCACCUUCCAUGAAUCCUCUGCUUAAAAAAAUCAAAGGUUAAAGCUCGUCAAUCUCCCCUGCCUUGCAUCACAGAAGACAGAGAAGGUGAUAGUCCUUUCCUUUGUGCUGAGCUCCUUGAAGUGAUAGGGUUACUGCCUGACUUCUGCUCCUCUGUGGUAUGCAAAAAUAGAGAAUAUUAAUUUGGGGGCAUUUCCUUCACUCUGGCCCCUGCUGAGUAAGGAAGCAUCAACCAUUUCCAUGGUCAGUGCGCUGUUGAACCAUGAGAAAAUGCACCCAGGCAAUCCAUAGGCUAGAGGAGCAAUUCUUUGAGACACCCAUAUACAGGUAUAGCUACCCUGGCUCCUUCAACUCUCCUUUCAGAUUCAUAAGUGCAGUUGACAAAUGUAGCCAUUGGAGGGAGGGGCAGCAGGUUCCACUAUCCUAGGGCUGUAGAUCUAGCCUUUCCUCCCAGGUACCACAACAAACACCUACACAGUCUUACCCUGUGCAUUUUUAUUGGGAAGGAAGUGAAACUGAGGCCAAUGGAGCUUAUUCCAAGCAAGGGAGAAUAGUAUAGUAUCCUUUGGUGAUUGCAAAAAGUCUUUUGGGGAGAUAGUGUGAAUGACUUCCAAACAAUUGUAGAAAUAGCUCUACUGCCUGUGGAAAAGCAGCCUAAAGUUUCUGCCCUUCUCAGGGUGGGCUGUUCACCCCACCCCCAGCCAGACAGGCACACACAAACAUAUUGCACCAUUCACUUUCUAAUCAAUAAAGAACUUUCAUAUUUUGACAGCAGCAUACAAAAGUUCAACACAAAAAGACAAUUUUUGAGACUGGAGACUGAGCUUGGAAGCCCAGAGAGAUGGGGCACAGGUGGAGGGGGCUGAUAUCCACAUAUUAUUUGUGGGUUACCAGCUAAACCAUUGAGUGCAGAUUUGUAGUGACCCUAUACUGCACUAUGGACACAAAUAGCAUACUGGCUUGUUUUAGAGCAACUUACCCAUUUCAAUGGGAUAAAUGUGUCCAAAUAAGUGUUUUCUCAAAUAUAACCCAGCUAAAUUUUCAUAACUGGCCUCAGAUUUUACCCACUGUAUAUUUGUGUGUACACAUGCAACACCACAGGGGUACUUACAAUUCUUAGAUGCCUUCAAAAUGACGGUGCAGUGCAACUUUAUAUGAAUAUUUUGGAUCUUUUCUCUACUGUUUUUGGUAAUAUCAAAAAAUUUUAUUAAAAGCAGGGCUUUUUUUUGUAAAAAAAAAAAAAAAGUGCCGGAAUUCACGUCACACAAAUAAACAUAAUGGUCGCCGCCAGCAGUAAGCGGUGCGCGACCACACACACCAAUCCCAAGCCGAGCAACCAGCCCAGCAGCGCCCUCACUAUCUCACUAUCAGCAGGAACACAAAAGCAGCCAGCAGGCACUAUGUUAAUGACGUUUGCUGCUGACCUGCUACACUGAUAGGCGAUUCAAAAUCCCUUAGUAAAAUCCAUUGAAAAAAAAAAAGGUGCUGGAACGCCAUUCUGGUGCGUUCUAUGACAAAAAAAAAACCCCUGAUUAAAAGUAUUGGGUGACUUAAAGCAUCAGAAUAGCAAUGGUAUAUUUCUAGGGGCAUAAGCAACAAGAAUGAGUGUUGAGUAAAUUAUCAGAAUGAACAGCCUAAUGCUACUACCAGAAAAACUAGCUUUGGGUCACAUUUACUAGUUUGUCACCCCACUAUUAACCAGUUCUUUCCCUCUUCCAUGUAAUAUAGAUUGAAUAAAUGUUUGUGUGUACACACACACACACACACACAUCUUGUCCAGUCUGGUGCUCUUGAAACCAUUUUCAGCAUUUGUCAGUGUCUUUUGAGGAACAAAUGUUUUUAUUCAAGCUUGUAGGCCUCAGUAUCUCACUAGGUGAAGGAAGAAUUGUUGGAACAUUAUAGUGAUGGCAAAGCAUACUCUCCAUACAUUUGAAAACUUGCUCCCCAAACUUAAACUAUUUUUGAUUGUGAAAUGGACUGGCAAACAGAUCAGUCAACAGGAGCCUACUUUAGAAGUAUAGUGGCUCUCAACGGGUUUCUUUCCUCCACAACUCUUUUGCUUCAUGGAACAUUUUGUCACAACUGAGUACACCUUCUUGUGUUAGUGGCAUCUGACUAUGAAAAUGAAUGCAACAAAUUUGUUCAUUCAUUUGGGGAGGAUAUUUUUGUUAAUAAUUGUACAUUGUCUUUCAUAAUCAAAAUGUUGGUGACCGUAAAUGUAUUUUUUUCCUGGAAUGUUUUAAAAUAAAUUAGUACUAGUGAUUUAGUGGAAGAGGACAAGUUGCUAUUUAGCUCUGCUUAGUUAAAUGCAUUACACUACAGUACAGUAUUUCUGAAACUAGACAUAAGUGCACAGUAUGUACAUCUCUGUAUCAAUAUAUAACAUCCAUAUAUAUCUAUAUAAAUACACAUAUAUACACUACACAUACAGUAUAUUCAUUUGUACUUUUGAAUCUGCCUGUAAUGAUAGAAUAACAAAGAUUUUCACAUUGAUUAUUCACCAUUCACCUGCAGCAGUUAAUUUAAAUCAUUUAAUGAUUAGUACACUAAAACUAGAUUGCUUUUUAUAUUAACAGUUUCUGUAUUACCCCUAUUUUAAAAUUUUAGUUGCUUUGCAAAACAUAGGACAGUUUAACUAGAGAAGUAACACAGUAUUAUUAAAAGCCAAAAAUUUAUUUUGUGUGUGUACAUUAAAUUGUUGUGUACAUUAAAUUACAAAACAAAUCAACAUAAUCAUUUCUCUUUGCAAAUAUUAGUGCAAUCCUAUGCAUGUUUAUCAGAAGUAAAUCCCACUGCAUUCAGUGAGGUUUAUAAUCAAGGAUGCAUAGGAAAAGUAUAACUUUGAUCUGGUUACCAUAUGUAAAAUGCAAGGUUCCCUCUUUAACUACUGAUGCUGAUGUAAAAUAUGCCACAGUUUUCCUACAAUAGCGAAGAAAAAAGAAAGAGAAAUGUAUCAACUGCCUUAGGGUCACUAGCUCUCUGCUUAAGUUUGAUUUGUUUUUCAGGUUUAAAAAACUUGGCAGAAAGAGGUACACAUUUCUUUUCUGUUAACAACAUUUUGAUAAUACUUUGGAUCCAGUUUUGGUCCAGUUGAUGAUCUCAAUCAGGAAAAUUACUUUUAUUUUAUUAAUAAUUGUCUGUCUGGGUGCUGCCUUCCUUUCCUGGUACAGUAUUGCAGGACUGUAUUGCUAGCUGGAGAUUUGGGCAAUUCUAAUUUUAGCAUGUUGCUUGAUUAUGUAGCAAAUUCAAGAGUACAAAAAAUUGCAGUGAACAUUUUAAUCCAUUUUCUAUUUUUCCUUUUAGCAGAAAAGGCAGUUCAACAGAUUGGUACAAUUGAAUGACCUGAUAAGAAUCUCAGAAAAGUUAUAGGACAUUCAAAUUUCAGGCAAGGCAUUUUCAUUUUAAUGAAACCCAUAUGUUGAUCAGCUUAUUCCAUUUUUUGUGGCUUAUUAUCCACUGUCAGGUUGUAUGUCUUUUGACUGAUGGCAUAGGAUGAGUAGAAACAACGCACAUGCACACACACACUCUUCAUCUAUAUAAACAGCAGUUGAACAAGUAUUACUGAAGGAUUAUGAUCAUAGUGGUUGGAGCACUGUAAAGUGGUCUUUGAGGGAUGGAUAUUGGCACGGGUUCAUUAUAGAGAUUUUGGUUAUGAUGCUCAAGCAUCACAUGUCUCAUUACUGUCCAUUUAAUAUUUGUAUUUAUGGUUGAUUAAAUAAUGUUUCUUUUCAAAGCACAGAACUUGAUCAAGUUUGGGAAAAGGCAAAUCCUUUUCUUGAAAGAGGAGCCAGAGUUAGAUUAACUCUAGUAAUCCAUUGCCUGCUAUAUUCAUAACAUCGUGUGUGUGUUACCUUAGAUUGAAAUAACCAUAAUAUUUCCACAAAAAAUACUCAGACCUUCUGUUGCCUUUUAAAUUGCUGUCAAACUACUAUUAUUUUCUUAUGUGAUUCUGAUGUCUGUCUAAAGAACAAUAUUUCCUGUCCUUCCUUUAACAGACGUGCUUUUCAAUCAUUUAACUUUUGUGAAGGGUUUAUUGUUGAUGUGGCCUUGUUGCCUUAAAAUGCUUUUUUAAGCCUUUGUGCUUCUUAUUUUACAUGUUUAUUUCACAUGUAUAUAAUUUGCUGCUUAUAUUUCUUAUGUAAAGAGUAAUCUCACAAACCAGAUGGUACCAAAUUUGUACAUAUUCUCCACUAGAAAUUGCAUGUUCACAUUAUAAGUGUGUUCAUGGGACAGUUGUGUAGAAGAAAGUGAAACUAACAAAAUAACUGAUUGGUGAAAACUACUUUAACAAGCAUCUCUAACAUAGUCAAUGAUUAACUGAAAGCCUCGCUUUUCACAGCAGUAUAUUAUUAUUCUCAGAAAAACUAUAUAUACACACAGAGAACUCAUGAUAAUCUAAGAAACCCUUUAAACCAACUACUUUGUUACUUUUUGCUCUUAGCACAGUGCAGGCUUAGUGGAUUUAUUUUAAUUUAUACAGUUUAAUAUAUAUAUUAGCAAGUCUAGAUGCAGACAAGCCUUGCUUAAUUCAUGUUAGUACAUCAGUCAUUAAUUCUUUUCUAUCUUUGAUUGAUUGAUUUAGCUUUAUUGGAUGCAAUGUAUGUUGUAAAUUUAUAUUUCUGUUAACACAUAGUUUUUAAUUAAGCAAACUCUGUCAUUUUAAUAUAUAGAGAGAGUGGGGGAGGUAGUUUGGACAUAACAUUAAAGAAUCAUUAAAGGAAGCAAAAUUUCUUCCAGGUUUUUACAUGUGACUGAAUAAGGACCAGUGUGCUUAUCCCCAAAAACUUGGCUUUAUAUGCAGUGGAGUAUAGGACUUGGUGCAUGUAUGUGAUGCACAAUCCAUUCACUAUAAAAAUAGGAUUAGCAAAUCAUAUGGACAAGAAGUUUGCUUGUGUGGUGUUCUGUAUAUUAUAGGGCAGGUGUACAAGCUUAAGACACAGACACACCUCAUGUAGACCCUUAACUGUAGUGGACUAUAUAAACGUUAAUAAAACAAAGCAAUUUUUUUCACUGAAACCCUUUCACCAAAAUGGGGCAAUUCACCAAAGAAUGAGAGCAAUAACAGCUUGCACUGAAUACAAGGGAAUUCUCUGCUUUGUUACCAGUACACGUUAAGAGUGGAAGAUGAUCACUGAUGUUUAGGCAUUUCUUCAACCAUGUUUGUAUUUAGUUUCAACCUAUGAAUCAGAAAUCAUUUUAAACUUUUGAUUCCUUUCUUGUCUUAACAGAAAAAGUGUCUCUCUGCAUGUGCUUUGGAUUUCUUUCUCAUUUUAGCCAGUAUACAAUCAGUAGAAAAUGGUUCAUCAAUCAUAAAAUUACCCUGCACAGGUUGCUUUCUGACAUGAAAUCAAAAGCCACUUAUCAGUGGCACAAUCAGGUGCUUGUUUUUAGACUUCUCUGCCUUUGUAUAUAGAUGCUGUUUCUGUGACAAUGUUAAGUUGGAAAGUUAGCAAACUUUCCUUGUAAAAUAGGGUAGAUUGUUAAUGUUACUCAAAAAUUAGUUUUGCUGACUUCUGUUUUAUAUGGUAAGUCAUCUAAACAAAAAUGGUGAUAACACUAUUGGGCUUUUUAAAUAAUAAGCCUUAAUAUUUUAAUCUCAGGCUUGUUUACAUGAUUAAGGGAUAAAUUGGAAACAAGAUACAAGCAUUCUGUGAAGAAAGGAGCCCAUGUACAAUAUGGGUCUUUGACUGGCAUUUAUCAUUAAAACAAAAAAAGAUUAUUUGAGAGAAGGAAAAUGUAAAGUGGAGUAGUGGAAGGAAAAGAGGAGGCAUGUUAAUCUUUUUCCUACUCUAAAUCACCCUCCACCACCACCACUACCACAAAAAAUCCUUGCAAAGUUUCGUAUGCAUGUGUGCUUUACUGUGUGAUUUAGCUUGAGAAAAGAUUAGGCACUGUUUCCCUCUGUGUUUGAAAUCCCUCCCCAUGUUGUUUAAAAGUAAUGGGUAGUGUGCACAUGUAUGCCUAAAAUGUGGUAUUACCCACCAUGUGUAUACAAGAGUUGUUUAAGCUAAACUUACAUGCCAUUUAUUCUGAACACAAGCCAUUCUAUUCAAACAGAUACAUUUUGCUGGGUUUCCCCCCACUAGUUUAUGCUGUUAAGACUGAAGGCUAGGGUGAAUUAGAGUGAACUGCUUUGUAAUAUCAUUACAUUAAAGAAUCAGAAAUAAGAGUAAAAAUAAAUUUAUCAUCCAGAUGUUCAUUUUAAAAUCUGUUAUAGGUGGGAAAGAACCAGAGGAAGUUGUACUUCUCUUUUGUCACCUAAAUUCUUCAUUCUUGCUGCAAGGUUUUAAUUAUUAAUAUUUUAAUAAUUUAAAGCAAAUGAGGAAAUAAACUAGAUAUUCUAAAUUUUGGACUGUUUAAGCAUCUACAAUUGUUUUACAUAAAGACAUUCACUAUGUAAUGUGGGAUUAAACAGUCUUAAAAGAGAAACAGUCAGAAAUGAAACCCAAAUAAAUGUUCUACAAAGUUCAUCUUGGAGCUCAAAUUUGCCAUUUUGAUUACAAUUCUAGACAAGUAUCUGGGAGAAAGUCCCUCUAUAGGAUUUAGUCACCAGAACUUACUUCUGGGUACAUAUUAGAAUUGCAUGUUAAGGAGCUGACACUUUUUUUUCCCGUCAGAUGAAAAAGGUUAUAAUGAUAGCAUACCCCAUCAUAAAAAGUUAACUAAGUAGGUGCAUGUGUAAGCACUAUGGCUGUGGUAGGAUCACGUUGGCCCACUGAGUUUCAUUUAAGAUAUUAUUGCUUGCACUCCUGAACACUGAAGAACCGGUUAGAGGAGAGAUUACAAUUAGAAGUAAAAAUCCAGGGAAAUAUCUAGUGUUUGUGGAAAUACUCUGCACACAAGAUUCUUUGGAACUCACUGUUAAUUAAUGGUUAAUUGGUUGAAGGAUGAAAAACACACUAAACAGAGUCCAACCUGAAAUUAAUGCUGCUAAGUAAAUUAUUCAAAAGCUCUCCACUGUAAAACAGAUUUGACAAUGAUUGGAAUAAGCUCUUAUUAAACCUCUUCCAUUUUUAAAAAUAGCUUGCUGAUUCCUAAGGCGUAAGAAUUUUUUCAGAUUUCAACAUCAAAGUACAGGCUUGAGUAUUUUUCCAGAAGCUCUGCAUGCAGGAAACAUUUGAAGCUGCCCUCCAAUAACCUGCAUCCCAUUUUUAUUGUUCCAGCUCAGAUUUUGCCUUUUCCUUUUAUCUGACCCAAUUAUUCACUUUGAAUCUUUUUACUCAUUUCAUUAGAAAGGAGCAGAAUAUGUUUAAAAGAUUAGGAAGUUCUCGUUGAUUUCAGAAUCAGGAAAAAAAUAUUUAAAAUAAUUCUACAGCAAUAAUCAUGCAUAGAAUUCAUGAAAAUAUUUAACUAGGAAUGAGAAAUUCAUCCUUUAUUUGCAAAAUAUGUACCAAUUAGUUCAUUAUUAACAGUACAUUUUCUUUUAUCAUUGAAAUAAUUCCUUUCAUGGCAGGCCAUAUAGGUUUUAGAAACUUAUUUCUGAAAUAUCUUAUUUUAAAUUCUGGAAACAGUCUCCAAACUGUAGACUUUUUCUGUGUUUUUCAAAGUAAUGUGCUACUGAAAAUCCCACAAAAACUUCUAACUUUCUUUUCUUUAAAGUGAACAGGAAAUUAAGAAGGACCUUCUAAUCCACUGGUAUGUUUUAUGUUACAUUGUAGUUUUCUUUUGGAUUUUUGUUUUCCUAAUCUACACUCCUGACACUGCAAUCCUGAAAAGGGCCUUCAAAAAUUCAUGUGAUGCGUAUAAUUUUAAAUGCAUUGCUUGCACUUGCAUCUUUAUUUUCUAUAGGAUCCAUGGGGUACCCAAUAUGUAUAAGUACUGCAGCAUCAGUGAAGGAGAAUUCCGUCCCAUGCUACAGUCCUCAUGAAUACCAUCCAGCAACUGUUUGCCCUAGGAGGGAAGUUUCUCUUUGUGCCAAACAUGGCUUCCUUCCCACAGUAAACAAAGCAGGGACAAGGGAGCAUCUUGCAUGGGACUGUGCAUGGGAAGAAGACUUAACCUCCACUCCACAUCUACCACAGUCCCAAUUCAUUUUGAGGGGGUCUUUAUAAUUCCUAUUUUGGAAAAAGAAUGCAACUGCAAGCCAUGUAUUUAAUUAAUAUGUAGUUCUGACCUAAGAGAGUUCUGUAAGCAAGGUUCGUUUUGAUUUGCUUGUUUAAGGAUAUCUACUGAGAAUUGCUGUUUUAAGGAGUUGUUUGCACUGUAGAACCUUAGAAUGGGCUAUGUAAACAUGUGUUUUGGGAACAGAAGACUUAUAUAUCAUAUAUACACCCAUUGCAGUGGAGCCAUCUAAUAGAACCACUACUGAGCUUUGCUUUAUCCACUCAGCUCUCCCAUCCAUGUGGCACUCCUUUAUGAUGUCUUCCUAUGCUUCAUACAUUUUCCAUCUCUAAAAUAAAGGGGCUUCUUCUAAAAUUACUGUAGAAAGAAGAUGGAAUGAUGACCAUGGGUUGAGUAGAAAGAAAUAGGAAUUAAGUUGAGCUGUAUAACAGAGAAGCUGGGAGACUGCAAUCCCUGCUUUAGUCUGAGUAUUUGUAGUACUUGGGGGGAGGGAGGGAAGCAUUUUCCUUACUUCUGGAUAAGGCUUUUUAUUUUUGCACUAAGACUGCAUUGUAUUGCACUACUGAAAUGAAUUUAUGGGAUCAGAAGGCCUAUGUAAAGGUAACAUAAAGGAGAAAGGAAAGGGCAGAGAAAUGGGGAGGAGCAAGCAUCUGAUUCAGAUCCAUCUCAUCUAGCAAGAUAGAAAAAAAAACUACUCCUUAACAAUCUGCAUUUACAGACACUAAUAGCUUAGCCUAAACUCAAGUGGAGAAGAUGGCCAUUUUUCAACGGAAGUGAAAUAUUUUAUAGAUAUCCUUGCUAUCAAUAUUGAACAAAAUAGUAUUGUAGCAGAAACUUAAGAGGUAUUCUGUAGAAAAUGGCUUCCAGGUGUUUAACAUUUCUAAAGAAUUACUGGUCAGAAAAACUUAAAAGGACUUUUUAGUUAGUGUUGGAACUGCUGGAAGAGACCAAAAAACUACCCUUUUUCCCAAAAGGCAGAACUAGCCAACAAGCAGUAUCUCACAGAUCCUCCUAUGCAAUGUAGACCACAGUGUGUCACACAAGCAGACAGAAGGUGUGUGCACAAUUGAUAGCUUCAGAUGAUUCAAGUAAUUAAAACAAGUCACAUUUGCUAGUGAAAGGGAAAAAACUUCGCAGGGCUAUUGGUUAAUCUGACCUGGCUUAAAAUUUACUUUCAAACUCAAAUAGGAUAAACAGGAUCAGUCAAGAUGAACACAAUUACAUACAAAGUAGCAACUUGUGUACAAAUAACCACUAAUAAGACAUUUACAUUUCACGUUCUGCCAAGUGCUGAUAAAUUUUCCACAUAUCCACACCCAAUUAGAAAUCCAAGAAGAUGAGAGUAAUAAAAAUUUCCCUAACUGUCAAAAUGCUAUAAAUGGUUGGCUUACCAAGAGAUUAUAAGCACAGUGUCGAAAGUUAAUCACUCAGUAACUGAUCCUCUGUAUUCAUCUCAGACUUGGAUAUUAAUAAAAGGAUUCUGCUAUGGCCUCCCAAGAAAAUUGCACUGUUUGCCAACUUUGGAUGUCUGGCCAUUAUUUCUCUGGCUAGGGCAACAUCGAUGCACCAGAAGAACAGUGAAAAGCUCAAGAACUUUCCAGACCCAAUUGUACAUUGUGGGAUCGGAUUGGUCUAGCAGAAGUAGCAUAACGUGUUAUUAACAACAUAAUACUAGCAAAUGCCAUUAAAAAGGCUAACAAAGAAAGAGAAUGAGGCUACCAGGGCAAGUACUCCAACUAUAUUAGCAUCGUUUGGUUGGAAUUAAGACUCAAGACACACUUGCCCUGUGUGGUGCUCUUUGCUACUUCCAGUAUAAGCAUGAAAUUUGAGUCCUAGUCUAUCAAAUGGUUAAAAAAUAGUUCAACAAUAGUAACAGCUUUGAUAAUAAAAUAUAGAGAUGCUUGACAAUAAAUUAUAAACAUAUUGAUCAAGAAGCAGAGGGAGGAAAUUAUCUGGAUUUUGUGCUAUCUUGCAAUACUUUUAUCUAAUCAGACAAUCCUCAUAGUCAUCUCUGAAUUGCUUUUGGGAAUAGGAGAGAUUGUCAGCAUUUUAGAUUAUACAGUUCAGGAGGGUCAUGGUCUGGCUGUCAGCUUAAAUAAGGCUAUAUUGGUCUGGAAUCAAGAAUAUAUAGUCUAGGCUUUUGUUAAUAUGAGUUAAUCAUUCCUUUCAAAAAUUUCUAUUUCUCUUUUCUGUAAUUUCAUUGUGACUUCAUAAACUUUGAAAGGGGGAUCACUGAUUUAAUCCAGUUCAGUGGGGAAAGAGUUUCAAGCUCUAGCAAAGAACAAAUAUCAAUCUAUAUUACUGAGAAGAAACAUUGGAACAUUUUGAUGUAAUUGCCCUGUUUCAGUCAUCUUCCUGUUUUUCCUCCUUAACCAGUUCAGUAUUUCCACUCAGCUCCAAGGAAAUAGAUUUAAGCAAAACAAGAAGCUUACAUGUGAAUUAUCCACGUCCUUUUCUAGGUAGUUGAUGAAGUAUUGGGACAGUUUUGUUUCACCUGAAAUGGGUGGCAUAGCUUUGUUCUUAUUUUGUAUUUGCUACCUUCAUUGUCAUGCACUAUACUGUUAUGUUCUAGACAUUUCAAAGCAAUGAAAACUGCACAGCAAUUGCUAGAGGUGAUGAGGCAUAAACCUGUCUAAUUAGCCUUCUAAGAAUAUAUUUCUUCACUAACCAGUUAUCCUAGAAUUGAUUGAAUACCUGUAAUUCUAUCUUAACAGCAAUGAAUCCAAUUUUUCAAAAAAAAUGAUAGCAGUUGUAAAAUGGCAUUACAUCUCUUUCCAGACCAUUCCCUUGCACUGAUUAUGUAUUUCUUUCUUUAAAGAAAAGGCCAAGAUGUCUUAGUCACUCAUAGUGUCUAGAAUAAGCAUAACCUGAAUACAGAUCUUGAAGAGCUAUCCCUAAAUGCCCAAGAUUCAGAAUGUAUUCCAAAAUCUAAAACUCUUUUUUUUUUGUCUCAAAAGACAUUUCUUGCUUGAUUUUUUUUAUUUCAUAUUAAAGUGGCAUAUUUAAGUGAUCAGUAGAGGGCAUUUGUUUCAGUUUUUAAAAAGUGGCCAGACUGAGAUUUGACAAAACUUUAGAACUCUCUAGGAUUGUAGCAGAAACCAGGCUCAGUAUAGGACUUCAUACAAUCCAUGGCCUUUGUUCCAAGAUGGUUAUGCUCUUGAAUAUGUCUGUUGUUCAACUUAGUCCAUUUGUUCUACUUCCACAUAGAUAGGAUAGUAUAUAUCUACUGGUAAAAUGUUUCCUGUUUUCUGUUAUUUUUGUUCAUAUGUAAUUCUACUGUAGACCAAAAAAAGUUCUUCAUUUUAAUUUUAAAAGCUAAAAGGUCAGUGAAUAAAAAAUGAAAAUCUGAAACACUAAAUGAGCAGGAAGCAGGGGAACUGUUGUUAACUAUGCUAAAACAGAAUUGUUCAAAUAGCCUUACCCAUUUAUUAACCAAUGCUUACAAAUCACCCAUUAGUGGAGGAUUGAAGAGCUUUCUUAGCUCAUUCUUGCUAUGUCUUUACAAUUGUUCUUGGUUUUUUGGCUUUGCUUUUGCACACUGUGUUCUCUUUUUAAAUAUCUGAUUUUAUAGUAUUGUAUCUUUAUAAAUCUGGGAUUUUCUUUUUAAAGGAUGAGUGAAAUAGUCAUUCUGUUGGGUUAGUGGGGAGAUGCACUGGAAAUAAAUUAGAAAAUAUUUAAGUUUUAAAAAGGAAAAUGCGCACUUAAGGAACAAACAAAACAACCUCCCUUUUUCAUUUUUGUAUGCCUAAUUUGCAAAACAUCCAAAGCACGAAAGGCUAAAAAUAUGACCCCUAUAUUUUGGACAGUCUUAUUAGUCCUGACCCUACCAUCCUGUUCCUGGAGGUUUGCAGUGACAGAACCAGCAUAUAUUCAAUAAUAAAAACCAGAAGUUAUUUAAAAUACAGUGGUAGUAUAAAAAGGCAUAAAUCAGAUAGUAUGUGAGUGACAUGAGGUGGUGCAAAACUGUUUAUAAAUGUUAGUUUCCAAUCAGACAUCUCAAUUUUACCAGACUCAACAGAGCCAUUUUAAUUACAAUAGGGUAAGGUGCAGUAUUACCUGAUAUCCACUAGAGGCUUCUUAGUCUAGGUAAAACCUGUUGUAGAAAUGACUCCCUUCUCUUGCAUCCCACUUUCGUUUAUCAAGUAUCAGGUAUCCUUCUAUGAAGUGAUGAUGAUUUUAAUUUAAGUUUCAGUCCUUGAUGGAAAAUGGACUUCCUGGUAUUUGACUACUGUGAUCCAGAAAAGAUCCCUUGUCUCUUGCACUUUCAGGUUAUAUGGAAAUGCCCUUUUGAUUGUUUCAGUUAUGGUUACAGAGUUUCAAUGGUUCUCUCUGUAAACCAUUAAUCCUGAUCACCCUUUUUCUUCUUUGUUUCUCUCAAAUGAGUACAGUAAGGUUGCUAGACAUUAAAAUAAUAAAUACAAACUGCUAUUUUGAAAGACAGUUUUCCCCUCAUGUCACUGUAUCUGGGUCCUAACAAUGAUGUCAUAGCCCAUUGGUUCACAAAUAUGUUUAAUCAUUGGCUUUAAGAAAAACUUUGUUCCUCUAAGAAUGGGUGGAACAGAGUGGGGAAGUCAGCUGUUUUUAACUACACAAUCUUAAUAGUUGGUUUAUAUCUUCCAUGUUUUAUGCAAAAAUUAAAUCAAUAAAUAUUUGUGCCCUAGGUUGAAGGUUACAUGUUUAGGAAAGCAACAAAUGGUUGGAAUCUUUUCUACAUUUUUGUGAAGACUCUUUUUGGAAAGGAAGGGUACAUAUUUUUGUUGUGUAAUAUUUUCUAUUUUUGAAUGCAUUUUCUUGGUACAAGACUGUUUUGUGGAUUUUUUUGGUGAAAACAUUAUUUAAAAAAAGAAAAGAAAGAAAAAAUAAUCGAAAAGUUUGCCCUUAAGGAUAUGCUGCAGUCUUGAGUUAAAAAAAAAAGAUGUGUUAAAGUUGGGGGAUUGUAUUGUUGUUUUCUUUUGUAAUUGUUACAAGAAGUUUGUAUCCACUGCUGUUUAUUUUGUUUCAGAUGAGGAAGUAAAGGGAUUGUUCUUGUUUUAUUUUUUUUAAGCUAUUUAUGAAAUGUCUAAAACACUGGACUGUGACUUUGUGUACUACCCCUGUGUCUUCAACAAGCUGUUGGCAAUCCCAUUUCUCCUCCUUCUACCUUAAAGCUAAGGAGAAUACAAUAGUUAGAUGUACAGGCAACCCAUGAACCUUCAAGUCAAAGUCUAAGGGGGAAAAUACCAAAGGUCAAAAAAGUUUUUACAUCUGCUCUGCAUAAUCACUGCAGACGUGUCUCUCCUCCUUCCUGGUUUGUAUUUUCUAAUAAGGAGGCUUCCAUGAUGGAUUCACACCAUUACAUGUCCCAAUACUUUCUGGUACAGCCAUCUAAGACUUUGUGACCAGACAAGCCAUCUAAAUUCCUGGAUGUUAGAAUGAAUACAAAUUGUUUCAUAAUAAAGGGAGAAAAGCUAUUUCAAGCACCAGGCCCAUCUUCGCAGGCAGUUAGUGACUGAUGGGACCAUGCCAAGCUUUAGAAGCAGGCUUUCUGUUUAAAGUAAGUAGGCAAAGGAUUGUGAAUAAUUUCUUUAUUUGCAGUCAAUAAUAUCUUCAUACCUUGUCAGUGUUUGAAGAAAUAAAUGGGACUGGUUAAACUAGGAAUCCUACAGCUGUGCUUUAAAUGCUCCUUGGGUGGGAAGGAAGGGAACAGGGAGACACCAACAGUCAUAACACCAAAAACUGGAGAUAUGUAACUGGGCUAUGUUCAAGGCCAAGCAAAAUCUUUUCCUUUCUUGACACAGAACACUGCCAAAUCUUGAGCAUGACAAGCAAAUAGAAAGCUGAAGAGUGGUCUUAAUUUCGCUUUCACUUCCCUUUCUGCUCCUAAACUGACUUCUUUGGUCUCUUGCCAUUGUUCUGUCCAUUCCAGAAUUCUCUUCUGUGAACAUCUGCUUGCAUGAUAACUUUUCCACCUUCCAGCAAAACCUGAGUUCAGCCAAGACUGAGUAAAAUCAUGUGCCUUCUUUUUCUGUUGUGUAAUAAAACUAACCUCCUGCCCUUCCUUUAAGUUCUAUGUAAAAGAGACACAGGAGGCUCUCAGAAGUUCUACUACCACCCCACAGACUGAUUUGUGAAAGCUCUGGUAAUUAACGCCCUCUUCAUAUCCAUGUCUAGGUCUUCCCAGAGAAGCAUCUUCCCUAACCGCUGUGCACACUACUCAACUUAUCCAAAACUAACACUAAAGGGCUUGAGGCAUUUCUGCUCCCAUUUCCCAGUGAAAAGUACAUACUUGGACUUCACACCUUUUGUCCAGUUUGUGGCCUUAUAAGACUUACCCUGCUAAAAGUGGCAAUGGUCCUUUUGCCAAUAUUUUCUGGGGGGUUUUCACUCAAGUAUUUAUUUACCCUGAAGUUAUUCCACUAGCCUAGAGAUCAAACAUAUUUAGACUUCACAGUUUUGUGCUUCCCUUACUUUAAUCCAGCCCAGUUUUGUCCCUCUUUGCUUUCCUUCUAUACUCUUCUGCUACACUCUAUGCUUUCCUAGUUAUCUCGUGUUUGUGAAUGGGUAACAAAAAUCAAAGGGCAAUCCUUGCUGAUCAGGGAAUGGUUUGAGAGGAAGCAAUUAAAAUCUCAUGGUGGACCUUGGAGGUGGAGGGGUAUAUAAGCUGCCUCAUUACUGCUGCAAACCUGGCAUAUGAUCCCAAAAUCUAAAUUUGGGAAGAAAAAUACUUUGACUUAACAGACAAUCCAAUAAAGUUUCUCCUGUGCAAUAACUUAAAAGCUUACAAAGGUAUCCAAUAGUAGUUAAAGUACUUUUACCCAUAAGUCUUUUUAGUCACUAAAAGUAUCUGUAUUCUCCCUGUUUAACAGAGAUAUCCAAUAGUAGUAGAAAUACUUUUAUGCCAAGGUUUCAUUAAUAUCUAAAACCAUCUAUAUACUCCCUAUUUGACUGUAUGUGUGCAUGUGUGUAGAGCAAAGGGUGCUGAUCUAGAGCUCUUUGGUGCUGAUAAGUCAAAAGAUUAUAUCCCUUUUCCAAGAUCUUGUUUUGACACAUGUAAAAUAUAGAAGAAUAAAAUCUAUUGCAUGCUUUAUCUCAGCAUGGACGGAAAGGGGAUGUUGAGAUUUCCACAGUGCCUUAUUUCUAAUAGAUAUUGGCACAUAAACACACAAACACACAUCCCUUGCAGACACAAGAUUCUCCUUUAAAACACAGUGGAACUCCAAAUGUGCCAUGGGGCAAAGAUAAAGGGGGAGAAGUCACUUAAGCGCUGUACAAUUUACUCCAAAUUUACUUUUUAAAAGCUGACAUGUCAAAAUUCAAAACAAAUCCCUUCCACCUUUUUUGUGUCGCACAUGGUGUUGCUACAUUGGAAAAGACUUUUGCCUGAGAACAAUUACCUAUUUGAUUUUGCUAUUACCCAUUUGCUGUUGGCAUUACUAAAUCUACACAUGUCAGACAUUUUCACUUCUGAAGUGUUUUCCAAAGGGCAAGUGAAUGCCCAGUUUAUUUCAUGUUAAAUGCACUUUAAAUAAUCGGAGACUGUUUCAAAUGCACAAGGGAAAGAUAGUGCACUAAAGUCUGAACCCAGUUCACUUUAUCUCCAGUUAAAAUAUACUCUCGUGUAUGAUGUGUUACAGAUCUGUAUUCACACAUGUACACAAAGCCUGAACUGUGGAAGGAGAUUAGCUUCUCUUUUCACAGCCACAAAACCAGAUCUCACACAAACAUAGAAGCAGCAGAGGAAUUAAUUGUUGGACUCUUGAAACAUAUCACAAAUACAAACAGCUACUUGCAAGUGACUUUGGUCCUUUCUGUAUGUUCAAUAACUACAGCAGGAACAGAUUGUAACCAGAAGAAAAAGGAACGGUGCUAAAUAAAAGUAACUGAAUGAUUGGGCAAAAAUAUUACAAUCUAAAUGACACAGAUCAGGUUCUGCACUUUUGGAUUAGUUUUUUCUUGUGUUUAUUGGCCCACCCAACAAAACAAUAACAACAAAAUCUGUAACAAGAAGUCCUUAUUUAUGGAAGAUGUCAGAAAUCUCUUAACUUUUGGCCUUGCUCUGAAUCACCAUGUGCAAAACUCUGUACUUUUCUAAACUAAACAUUAAAAAAACCCUUUUGAAGCACCUUAAUGUGGCUUCCCAUUCCAAGAGUGGUAGCCACCUUUUUUCCUUUGAGCACCUUAUUGAUGUGUUAUGCUAUCUGCUGUCUUUUUGUUACCUGUUAGCUGAAUGGCUGGCUGUUAACAUAUACAAAUGUGUGCAGGAACAAUAUAUGGCUUUGUGUUGUGCCCAGAAUAUUUGACAUACACAAGCCAUCAUACAAUGCAUAUACACUUGCACACAUGCAAACACACACCAGUGAUAUUUCUAAGGAUGGACUUCCAUCUGUGUUUUCCCAUUCCUCAGUACAUCACUUUGAGGAGUUUGGCUAUAUAACUUACUAGAUAUGAUUCCAGUGCUAUGAUUCUGAUAGUUACCUAUCUCUUUGCUUUAUAGAAAAAAUAGCAUUAGAAUUCCUAUAUGUCUGUGGAUUGGGUACUUUCAUACAAUGGGCAAGGAAAUGCCCCCCAAAUCAUCAAUAACUGAGUGAAUGGGAAAAACUAUAUUGAAAACUAAUCUUGCAGUCUUUACACAAAAACAAUACUGAUUUCCACAUGUAAAGGCUUCAAGAAAAGGUCCCUUUGGGCAAAGAUGCUUUUCCUGAGCAGGAAAUAUUUUUCUGCCUAGUCCAAAGUGUGUUGUAGUAGCUGUAAGUGUACUUAUACAUACACAUAAAACACACCCUUAUACAGUGCAACACGGUUUAAGAAUAUGAGAUGAGCAGGUCAAAAGUUUUGAGGGAAUAUUGAGUUCCUUUUUUUUCUCUCAUUUUACUCUGUAAAUGUUAUGUCAGUUAUAAAGCAAGUAAACUGAGAAUUGUUCUAAAAAUCCUUGCAUACGCCUUUUCUAUCAAGUGCUUUAAAAUAUAGAAUAACUACACACAUCCUGCCAGUUUUUUCUUACAGUGAGAGUAUCCUUACCUGCCAUUUAAUAUUAGCCUCGUAUUUUUCUCACGUAUAUUUACCUGUGACUUGUAUUUGUUAUUUAAAACAGAAAAAAGGAAAAAAAGAAAAUUAACUGUAGCGCUUCAUUAUACUAUAUUAUUAUUGUGACAUUUUGGAAUACUGUGAAGUUUUAUCUCUUGCAUAUACUUUAUACAGAAGUAUUACGCCUUAAAGAUACGGAAAUAAAUUUUACAAGGUUUCUGUUUUGUGUGGAAGAGUAAUCGAUGUUGCUAAGAAUGAUGUUUGUUAUUUUGGGUUUUUCUUUUUUCUUUUUCUUUUUUUUAAUGUUACCAGCACUUUUUUUGUAAGUUUCACUUUCUGAGGUAUUGUACAAGUUCACACUGUUUGUGAAGUUUGAAUAUGAAGGAAAAUUAAAAAGAAAGAAAGAAA